GUAAAUAUGACUACAUUUUUAUUAUAUCUAUCUAUUGGAUUUUGAGUCGAACAACUGGCGCUGAAUCCUUAUAGUAGCUGUGCCGCGCCGAAGACGUUGGGGGCAGCUAUAAAUGGCACAAAAAAUUUUCCAGUCUUUCAGGAAGAUUCCAGGGCAUUUCCCUGCAUUUCGUAAAAAGCCAGAGCCCGUUGAUUUACAGGGAUCAAGAUACAGAAUUUCUGUCUGUUCUGAUUAUGGCUUUCCUCUUAAACCUACAUCGGUGGCUUACGACCCUGUCCUGGAUAUGUUGGCGAUUUUGACACGUGAUGGCAACAUUUAUAUAUAUGGAAAACCAGGAAUAUCAUUUUCCGCUGUUCAUGAAACGGUCGCCCAGUAUAUUCAAGUGGCUUUUUUAACAGGCACCAGAAAGCUGAUCACGUUGACUGAUUCAGACGACAUAUAUUUGUGGGAGUUAACUUCAGCAGGCCAAGGGUCCAAUCACCUUAUCCAGAAGUCUUGUCUCCGGAGGAUCACUAGCAACUUAAGAUCACUUCCAAGUGGAGUUGGAAGUCCUACUGGUGAGGAAACCAGUCAUAUUACUGCCUUAUGCUAUUCUUUGGAUAGUCACUGUAUUCUGCUUGGCACAGAUAAUGGUUGGGUUGCUUCUGUUCGUUUGAAUAAUAAUGCGGUCGCCGAUGAUUACACAAAAUUUUGGUCCACUCCUUCAGCCGAUGAUGCCAUAAUUCCUUCGCGAAUACUUGACGGCAUUUCACCUGAUCGUCGACAGCGUCUGCGCGCUGAUGCUGUCGUGGUUCUGUUAGAAAGGCCUGGUUUCCCUGGACAACUACUAAUUGGCUACAGUUCUGGACUGAGUUUACUGUUUGACCUCCGGUCGGAUCGGAUUAUGGCACUGUUGCCGUGGCAACAUGGUUUGGAGUCUGCGGCUUGGUGUGGUGGUAGUGGUCUGCCGUAUAAGUCAAACCAGACAUCUCAUUCACCUCAACUGGGGACACGUCUGUUAACUGCGCAUUCAGAUGGAUCUUUGGGAGUUUGGAGUUUAAAAGAAGUUAGUUUUUCCGCAACAACAAGUUCUGUGCAGGCCCCUCUGCUCUCUAUGGAAGAAGCUCCAAGCAUGCCUUAUGGACCAUUUCCUUGCAAAUUGAUCAGCAAAGUUUUUUGGCUUCCCUCAUCUCUUGGAGGAAUCACUGUAUUUGUGGGUGGAAUGCCACGUGCCACUUAUGGAGAACGCCAUACUGUUAGCGUAUUACGUGGGUCUAACCUUGAUCGGGCUGCUAACGCUACUGUUGUUGCUGCUCGGAUUGCUGCAGCCGCUGAGGCCGAAGAUGAUGAUGAAAUACCAGAAGAAAGUCCACUUUCUGUUGCUCCUAUACAUGUUUUUGAUUCUGAUGCACCCGAACAUGUUUGCUUUGACUUACCUUCUAGUUUAAUUGAUUUGAUUCCCAUUGGACCUGCAGGUGGACCUGUUCAAAUACUAAUCCUUCUGUGUGAAGAAGAGAUGGUAGCUAUCGAUCUUAUUACUCCUGGUUGGCCUUUCAUGCGUCCUCCUUAUUUAACUUGUUUGCACACAACGUCUUUAACAUCAUACAAUCUCACUACACAGGUGAGCCCAACAUUUUUGUCAAACCUUGAAGCUGCUGGUGCUUAUUAUGGUCCUGAGGGGCGCUUUGGUCGUGGAGGGGCUAUUGCAGAUAAUCCAGCAGGCGUUGGUUGGUCUUCUCUUCCUUGGCCAAUUCAGGGUGGCCAUGCUCUUAUUAAUGGGUCUCGAUUAUCUACAAGCUCCCUUGGUGGAAAUAUUCUGUACACAGACGAUCUUCUUCUUACUGGUCAUGAAGAUGGCUCUGUUGCUUUUUGGCGACUUAGUGCUGGAGGGUGUCUUAGACGUAUUUAUACAUUACAUACAGCCAUUCUUUUUGAAGAUGUCAGUCAGCUGGAUCAUACAAAUGGGGUUGAUGAUGAUGGUGAUGCAUGGCCUCCGUUUCGUCAAGCAGGUGUAUUCGAUCCUUUCAUGGACGAUAGUAGAGUAGCUAUACAGUUCAUUUAUCUUUCUGAUAAUACAGUAGUUGUUGGAGGAGCUGCAGGACAACGGCAUAGUCGCAGUUUUUUUACGAUAGAUUUCUUGGUACUCAUAUCGCAACAAGUCUUUGUUUCAGAUUUCAAACCUAAUACAAAUGAUGCGGGUAAAAAUCUACCUCUGCUAUCAGUUGUCAGUGAAGAGCAGAUACGUUUGUUUAAUUUGCCGAAUUUACAUCUGAAAUACAAAGCUCGUAUAACAGCUACAGAUGGUUACCGCAUUAAAUCAGCUUCAAUAAUUGGAUUUAGAACACAUGGAAAAGUCAGUUCGUCCUUAUCAAAGGAGUCCAAUGUCGAUUCAACUUGUGGUGACCUUGACCGUUCAAUUGCUAGUGGAGUGUCUGUGACUUCUCAUAAAGACCAGAAUUGUGAAUAUUCAUUCGUCUUUACCAAUGUUGGUGGUCAGACUGUUGUUCUCAGCAUGCCACAACUUCGUCGAAUGGACACCUUACAUCUACUAGAUUCUCAUGAUGUUGUUGCUGUCAGUUCAGUUGUAUUUUCUCAGCCUGGAAGUACGCAUGUUAAUGCUCCUGGUCAUGUUCAUGGGCCUGCUCUUGGACUUUAUCAGUUAGCUCCCGGUCAACUUACACUAUUUGAUGUUAUACGUACUGGACAGAAAGCAAGCCUACUUGGAGUAUCUUAUCGCCCUAUAUAUCGACUUUCAUUGACGGGAACUACAAAGUCGGAUUUGAAAAACUUUUCAGACAAAACAAAUGGAACUGGUGAUAGUGGAAUUUCCUAUAGAAGUAAUUCGUCACAAAAUCUAUCUGAUUCUGUUUUAUCUCGUUAUCGGAGUGACUCAGUAAGAAAUGGUCUUGUAUCUCCCUCUUCUGUGACAUCGGCAAAUGAUGGAAUCACCUACAGUAUCGAAAAACAAUGUGCUAUAUAAAUAAUUUUCAAUUAAGGCAAAGAAAAGCUGUAGAUCUCAAUGGAUUUCAGAAAAAUCUAGCUGGUUACUUUCCUUUCCGUUGAUAAACUGUUAAAUCUCAGUACUUAAAUGCAUCGUAGCAUCUAACACCAAACAUAUUAUUCAGUGUUUCGUGAUCUAUACAAGGUUUCGUGUUACAUAGAGAGAAUCAACAACUGCGAAAAAAUCAAAUUUUCAUCAACGCCGCAUUUUCGAAAGCUCCUGAAAAUAGAUUCAAACUUCACUUGACCUUGACUAGAAUCUUAAAACUUGAUUACAAUAUACUACUAUUUGUAGAAACCACUUGCUUAUCAGAUCAACAGGAUCAAGCCACUUGCUGUUCUGAAGAGUUCAGCACGACUCCAGUCGAGUGAUACGAUAGUCCAGUGUUCAGACCACAUUGAUUCGACCAUCGAAAUCUGCAGAUCAACGUUGUUCAACUGAAUAUUCCAUCUUGCUUUCAAAGAUCUAGUUAGAAGCAAUUGAAGUUCGUAUCUGUUCUUUAACUGCUUAAAAGGUUUCCGUAAAUGAUUGAAUAAAUGAAGCUUCAGUGUUCUAUGCAUUCCAAACCUAUUUUAUUCUAGCUGAUGGUUUUCAAAUGAUUAGCAUUUCUGUUGUAUUUUCGGUUCAGUAACGGCUGUAUGCAAUUGUAAUACCUGUUGAUUAUGCUUAUUUUGAGGCAUAAAGCAUUUAGCAUUCGAAGAAUUAGUUUUCGGCAUCCACUUUGGUUUUAUUUAAGAAUAUUACAACCCAGUAGAUUUAUUAUUGUAUUUCGUUUGUUGCGAAUAAUAUUGACUGCAAAAACUUAUCAAGUAGCGGGUGUAUAACAAGUUGAGUUGAGAACAGUUGAACACAUCAGGAUCGAUCUAAUGGAUUUUUAAAACGUAACUUAGAGGCUUGUGAGAUAAUGUAAGUAUCGGAACUUGUAGCCUUUGUGUUAUGGCUUUUUUCAUGUGUCAGUUUGUUGACAAAAUACGUAUACAUAUAAACGUGUUUGUCCCCGUUAUUUAUUUUAGGAAUGGUUAGGAAGAUGAUAUUUGUAGUAUGUAACUUAUCUGAGUGAGUGUUAGUAACAAUUUGCGGUGAUUACUAGGGCUGAUAAACAAGCGAAAAUAAUGUGAAUUUUAGGUGUGAAAACCGGUCAGUUGAAAAGUUACUGAACUGAAACUAUCAACGGGAUCUAAAACACGGUUUUAUAAACACCAUGAUAUUGCAAUGUUUUCAGUUAAAUGACAACUCACUUGUGUUGCUCCAGUGGUAUAUGCUAGUGGAAUCUUUUAUUCAUAUUCGAUAAAAGUGACCUAAUGUAUCUUUUCUAUACUUUUUUACAGAAACUAUGUGUCAUGAAUU